AUGGCUUCCAAAGGCGGCCAAGCAGAAGCACUAAAGAAACUUGAGUAUCUCCCAUUGCUUUCUAAGAUAUGUACUGAACUUGAGAGCCAUCUGGGGGUUGGAGAUAAAGUUUUGGGUGAAUUCCUUAUUGAGAUGGGCAAAAACUGUGAAGAGAUCAGUUUGAUGCCAAACUUAAAGAAGCUAAGUGGCUUUAAUGGGAAGGAAGGGCUGGUACAUGUUUCGCAGAUGGCGAGAAGGCAGGUAGCAAAUGCCAGGAAUGUGGUGAAGAGGGAUCAGGAAGUUUAUGUGAAGGUCGUUUCAAUGAAUGGAAAGAAGUUGGGCUUGUCGAUGAAGGAUGUGGACCGAAAUACGGGUGAGGAUUUGAUCACACUGAAGAAGAAUUUAGAGGAUGGCAGUUUUAGAGCGAAUCCGAGCAGCUUUGGCGGUCCUAUUUCGAGAAGAGGGAUCAAUGGCAUAAGAAUUAGUGAUGCACAUGAUUCGGUUCUUUCAAGGAGGCCAAAGAAGAGAAUGAGCUCACCUGAGAGAUGGUAG